GCUUCUCCACUCAGAGCCGGGGACGCGGCGCGGGGCGCGGCGGAACUACAGUUCCCAUGACGCUUUGCGCGGCCCAGGGUGCUUUUACAAUAGAAGGUCGGUUGGAAGGGCCUGCGGAGAAAAGCUGGGAACGGCCGCUUCCGGCAUGUUCAUCUCUGGACGAAGAGCGGCCGACAAGUGGAGGGCGGGGGAGAGACUCCAAUGCCCAGCGGGCAGUGCGCGGGCGGCGCUUGCGCGAUGCGCAGACGGGGGGGCGGUCGGGCCAUUUAAAUGUGUGUUUGUGGGUGAAAUGGCUGCGCAGGUCGGAGCGGUGCGCGUAGUACGGGCGGUGGCGGCGCAGGAGGAGCCGGACAAAGAGGGGAAGGAGAAACCUCAUGCUGGGGUCUCCCCGCGGGGAGUGAAGCGGCAGCGCCGAUCUAGCAGUGGGGGGUCUCAGGAGAAGCGGGGGCGGCCGAGCCAGGAGCCCCCUCUCGCUCCCCCUCACCGCCGGCGUCGCAGCCGCCAACAUCCUGGGCCGCUGCCGCCAACGAAUGCAGCCCCAACUGUCCCAGGCCCUGUUGAGCCUCUUCUCCUGCCGCCUCCGCCGCCACCUUCGCUGGCACCCGCCGGGCCCGCUGUCGCUGCCCCUCUCCCGGCCCCAAGCACCUCGGCCCUCUUCACCUUCUCGCCUCUGACGGUGAGCGCGGCCGGGCCCAAGCAUAAGGGCUACAAGGAGCGGCACAAGCACCAUCACCACCGCGGCUCCGAUGGUGACCCCAGCUCCUGCGGAACCGAUCUCAAGCACAAGGACAAGCAGGAAAACGGCGAGAGGACUGGAGGGGUGCCUCUCAUCAAAGCCCCCAAGAGAGAAACACCCGAUGAAAAUGGUAAAACCCAGAGAGCUGAUGAUUUUGUCGUGAAGAAAAUAAAGAAGAAAAAGAAAAAGAAACACCGAGAAGACAUGCGUGGAAGACGCCUUAAAAUGUACAAUAAGGAAGUACAAACCGUCUGUGCUGGCCUGACCCGCAUCAGUAAAGAAAUUCUCACCCAAGGACAAAUAAAUAGCACUUCAGGACUUAAUAAGGAGUCCUUCAGGUAUCUGAAAGAUGAACAGCUGUGCCGAUUAAAUUUGGGCAUGCAAGAAUAUCGGGUACCCCAGGGAGUACAAACACCUUUCAUGACUCACCAGGAACAUUCUAUUCGUAGAAAUUUCUUAAAAACAGGUACUAAAUUUAGCAACUUUAUUCAUGAGGAACACCAGUCCAAUGGUGGUGCUCUUGUCCUUCAUGCUUACAUGGAUGAACUCUCAUUUUUGUCUCCAAUGGAGAUGGAGAGAUUUUCUGAGGAGUUUCUUGCUUUGACAUUCAGUGAAAAUGAGAAAAAUGCUGCUUACUAUGCUUUAGCAAUAGUGCAUGGAGCGGCUGCUUAUCUCCCAGACUUCUUGGACUACUUUGCUUUUAAUUUCCCCAACACUCCAGUGAAAAUGGAAAUUCUGGGCAAGAAAGAUAUUGAAACAACCACCAUUUCAAAUUUUCACACUCAGGUCAACAGGACGUACUGCUGUGGCACCUACCGAGCAGGUCCUAUGCGGCAGAUAAGUCUUGUUGGAGCAGUAGAUGAAGAAGUUGGUGAUUAUUUCCCAGAGUUCCUUGAUAUGUUAGAAGAAUCACCAUUUCUGAAAAUGACUUUGCCCUGGGGUACACUUUCCAGCCUCCGACUCCAGUGUAGGUCCCAGAGUGAUGAUGGGCCUAUAAUGUGGGUAAGGCCAGGAGAACAGAUGAUCCCUACAGCAGAUAUGCCAAAGUCACCCUUCAAGAGACGACGAUCAAUGAAUGAAAUAAAAAAUCUCCAGUACCUACCUCGGACCAGUGAACCCCGCGAAGUCCUCUUUGAAGAUAGGACGAGAGCUCAUGCUGAUCAUGUGGGUCAGGGGUUUGACUGGCAGAGUACGGCUGCUGUUGGAGUUUUGAAAGCUGUACAGUUUGGUGAAUGGAGUGACCAACCUCGCAUAACCAAAGAUGUGAUUUGUUUUCAUGCUGAGGAUUUUACUGAUGUUGUACAGAGACUUCAGUUAGACCUUCAUGAACCUCCAGUUUCCCAGUGCGUACAGUGGGUAGAUGAAGCUAAACUAAACCAAAUGAGGCGGGAAGGCAUUCGUUAUGCUAGAAUUCAGCUUUGCGACAAUGAUAUCUACUUCAUCCCUAGAAAUGUCAUUCAUCAGUUUAAAACAGUUUCGGCAGUGUGCAGCCUAGCCUGGCAUAUAAGGCUUAAACAGUACCACCCUGUUGUGGAAGCCACUCAAAAUACAGAAAGCAGUGCCAACAUGGACUGUGGUUUAACUGGAAAGCGAGAAUUAGAAGUUGACUCCGAAUGUGUGAGGAUAAAAACUGAAUCUGAAGAAACAUGCACAGAGAUGCAGCUGUUGACAACUACUUCAUCAUCCUUCCCACCUGCAUCAGAACUUAAUCUACAGCAAGAUCAGAAGACUCAGCCUAUUUCAGUUUUAAAAGUGGAAAGUAGACUGGACUCUGACCCGCAACACAGUCUGCAAGAACAUUCAACCACUUCUGUGUGAUAUGUACAUAUUCAAACACAUUUUUUAACUUUUUUAAAUUUUGAUGUGAAGUUAUAGUUUUAUAACUGGCUUAAGUUAAGUUUUAUUGGAGAAAUCUUGCCUAUAAUUCUAUAAAGAGAAAUGACAUUCCACAAAUGUCAGGCAUAUCUUUUUUACACAGAUUAUGCAAAGUUAAGAGUUGUAUCUUAUCCCGUUAGUACAGUAUGUAAUAGUGGGUCUGCUGCUACUUUCUGUUUUAAGGUGUGAGGUAACAAUUCAAUCUCUUCUUCAAAUCAAAACGAGAAUUCUCUGGAAUAACAGAUUCAUAUGUGGUAAAUUAUUCACUUCCCUUAAUUUUAUCUUGCCUUGUCUUUUGCCAUAUUUGCUGUUUUUAUGGAUAAAUCAGAUUUAUGGUUUAGUACCUAUGUCUUCAUGGCACAGGUUCAGUUUCUACAGUAAACAUGGCAUAGGUUUCAGGAAAGAAUUCCUGCAACUGGUACAUGGGCAAGUAAGUUAUUUAGUUCUAACCACAAAGAACAAGUACUUUCUAAGGAAAAUUCAGUGGCUCUCUGGUUUCGUAACAAAAGAGAAAGCACAGCACUUUCUGAUCCAAACUGUCUUUUUUUUGUAUCUGUUAUUUAAAGCCCAGUGGAUAUUUCAAUUAAAAAAAAAAAGAUCUAAAGAUGAAUAGUCCUUGGUCAUUCAUUAUCCAUGGUUCAUUAAUCUCUUCUAGAAUAUAUGCUAACUGUGGAAGAUAUUUUGGGUAAAAGAGAUAAUGUUGACAUGAUACUCUGUUGUUCUGCUUCCUGGCAUCCUCACAUUUUGUGGGGAUAAUUUUGCUUCCUAAAAUGAUCACAAAUAUCAAACCUAGAGAAUGAUAAUAGUCUUUCUGAUGAGGCUGCCAUAUUUUGAGCAUCAAUCUUACGAUAAACUAUUCUUGUCACUUGGCAUCAACCUCUUCAUGAUAAAUAUCUACUACUGAGGCACUUUACAAUUUUAACUGGUGAAUACCUGGGUUUAUUUACUAUUACUCUGUGUUGCUAUUUUCUAAGAAAGAAUACACUAGACUUCAUCCUACUGUUUUCAGGUAGCCUAAUGAUUAGUGCCUGAGUAUUUACAUUUUCUUUUCAAACAGGCACAGUUCACAUUGCCAGUAUGGUCCUAACUUUCUGUUGUUUUAGAAUGUUAACAUGAUUCACAUUAUACUUUCUCUUAGUUAAUAAUACAAUAGGCCUUUUGUUUAUUAAAGGAAGAGUACUCCCCACACCUAAGACCAGAUUCUUGUAUCUCCCUGGUUACAGUGCAAUUUGGAGAUUUUUUUUUUUUCCUGGAUGGUAAGAUUUGAAAUAUUUACAUUAACAUAGGCAAAACAAACAAACAAGAUGCUGCUUUAUUAUGUCUGUCACCAUGAAAACUUAGCUGCAUCUUUUGAAAUAUCAAUAUGAAUUUUCUCUAAAAUAUUCUGAAAUAGGUUAAAUCUUAUAUAAAUAUUACUUUGUGCAAUAUUGUUGUGUAGUUAAAUGCAUAUUAGCAAAGUAUAGAGGUCACUGUGUAAACCGAUAGAAAAGUAACCAUCAGCAAAUACUGCAGUGAUUAGUUAGAAUCUGUAUUAUUCCUUAUAUAUAUGUAUAUGUAUGUAUUCUCUGUUACACAGGAUGAAGAUAAAUAGGGAUACAUUUCAAUGUAAACCAUUUAUGAAUUGGAAGUGAUGUUGGCUUUAGUUAUCUUUGUAAAUAAGGUAAUUAGAAUGGUAUGAAAGGUAAUGUGAUUAUUGCAGGGGUGUUUUUAAAUCUUGGGUAUAAAUUCUAGGGUAAAUUCCAGUUUAUCAAGACUAGUUUUUAUGGGACCUGCCUUUGAGGGUGUUUUUUGUUAUUUUGUUAGGGAGGGGGUUAAUCACAAAGUGUAUGGGUUUGGGUUAUUUCUUGUUUUUAUUUUUCUGUCCAGAAGAGCUUUACCAGGCUGUGCAAAGUAAAAUUCUUCUCAGGCAACAUUUGCUUUUAAAAAUAAUCAUGAAGAGCAAGGUUGUUAAAGCAAACAUUUUUUU